GGACCGGGAGGAGCCCUAUGGGCGGGGUUCGUGGAGCUUUCGGCUCCUGGCUAGAGUAGGUGUGGUAUUAGAUUGUCCAGGCUCCUGAGGUGGAAGCAUCAGGCUUGUGGUCUCCAUCGAGCGAAGCAGAAUGGGCAGAAUUAACUUCACUUCAAGAAAAGGAAGCAUUGGUCCCUCUCUCUGAUACAUUUACGUUUGGAACUUUGUUUUUAUUGCUAUGAGACUGGAUUUUAAAAGUAAUGGCAACAGAAUUUCUAAAAAGCUGCUGCAGAGGCUGUUUCUAUGCUUCCCCAGAAAAAGACUCUAAAGCAGCAGCUCCAAAUGGACAAAAUAUUACGUGUCUACCUCCAAUGUCUUCAGUGUGUGUUAAACGUCAGGUUGGUUGUACUGAGGAUUAUCUCCUUUCUAAAAUUCCAUCGGAUGGCAAAGAAGUGCCUUUUGUUGUGCCCAGAUUUAAAUUAUCUUAUAUUCAACCCAAGCCUCAAGCAACUCCCUCACAUAUGGAGGAACUUCAAGGUUCUGCCAGGGCCUCCUUUAGAGAUCGAAAAACAGAACUUUGCAGUUCACCCUUGGAUGGAUCUAACUAUGACAUAUAUAAUCCAGUCUUUAUGCAUCAACAUGUUUCACCUGACUUAAGUAGGCGAUUUCCUCCUAACUCUGAAGCUCUGAGGCUGUAUGGGUCAGUUUGUGACUUAAGGAGUUCUAAAACUCCUGGUUCCCCUGGCCUAAGCAAAUCUAUGUUUGAUCUUACUGGUUCAUCACAGCGCUUCAUGCAACGAUAUGAUUCCAUGUCUAGCGUACCAAGCAGUUCAUCUUCAAGGAAGAAUUCUCAAGGCAGUACUCGAAGCCUGGAUACAAUCACAUUAUCUGGAGAUGAAAGAGAUUUUGGAAGAUUGAACAUAAAAUUGUUCUAUAAUUCUUCAGUAGAACAGAUCUGGAUCACAAUUCUACAGUGCAGAGAUUUGAUUUGGUCUUCCAGUUAUGGAGAAAACCCUACUAUUUCUAUAAAAGGAAUAUUGACUUUGCCCAAACCAGUACAUUUCAAAUCUUCAGCCAAAGAAGGAUCCAGUGUUAUUGAAUUUAUGGAGACUUUUGUAUUUGCUAUUAAACUCCAAAGUCUGAAAACUGUUAGGCUGGUUUUUAAGAUCCAAACCCAAACUCCUCGGAAGAAAACCAUUGGAGAAUGCUCAUUAUCUCUCAGAGAGCUCAAUGUACAGGAAAGGGAUUACUGUUUGGAUGUAACACCUCCCUCAAAAAUCUCAAUGUGUCAUGCAGAACUUGAAGUGGGGACUUGUUUUCAAGCAGUCAACAGCAGGAUUCAGUUGCAAAUUCUUGAGGCACAACACCUUCCAAGCUCAUCUACUCCUCUAACUUUGAAUUUCUUUGUGAAGGUGGCGAUGUUUAGUUCAGGAGAUUUGAUUUACAAGAAGAAGACCCGUCUACUAAAAUCCACCAAUGGAAGAGUAAAGUGGGGAGAAACAAUGAUUUUUCCAUUUACACAAAAUGAGAAAGAAAUUAAUUUUCUUAUCAAGCUUUAUAGUCGGAGCUCAGUAAGAAGGAAACACUUUGUGGGACAGAUUUGGAUAAGUGAGGAUAGCAACUGUUUUGAAGCUGUGAACCAAUGGAAAGACACAAUUGCAAAUCCAGAAAAGGUUGUUAUCAAAUGGCACAAAUUAAAUCCAUCUUGAAGAUUGUAGGAAUGAGUAUAAUAGAGGACUUUGGAAUUCUUAUAGAAAAUAUCUGUGAUUUCAAAAAUUUACUCUCGUUUUUGAAGGAGAAAAUCAUUGCCUUUCAACAUACUUCAUUCAUGUGGUUAAACCUAAUAAAUAAUGAUUGUAACCAGAAAAAGAAAAAUCUGUGUAAAAUAUUUUGGCUAGAUGGGAAAAUAGGCAAUAAAUUGAAAUACAGUUAUUAGUAAAGCAACACAAUACAUUUCAAAUUAGAUGAGAACACUGAAUACAAUUCUUGCUACUCUGCCAUUUUCCUAAAACUCUAAUCAUGUUUUCAAAGCUUCAUACAUUACAAUCAAGUCUCUGAUAACAACUAAUGUAGGAUUGGAACACUUCUACUGCCAAAUGCUUCUUUCAUAGUAAAUUGACUGUUUCUGUUUUUUGGAAUAUCUUCAUAUACAUACUUUCUCCAAAAGGCCAAAUAUAUUUAAUGAAGUAUUUUUCCCUGAUUUUUUCAUUCUCUGUGUAUAUGAAGAAAAUUUGACUCAUAUAUGUUGUAAUCUUUUAUUCAUAAUGCAUGACAUUGCACUUUGCAAGAGCUAUGUGAAUCUCCAAAAGCUAAUGAAUCUCUGAAACAGGAAUUAAGUAAACCAAAUUAAUUUCCAGAAGACUGAAACUUAAUUGAAAAUCUAGAAUCCAUGGAUUUUGAGUGGUUUCCCAGUUUGGCCAAAUGUAUGUGCUUUCAUCCUUCAAGUAUUUUACUCUUCAUUUUGUAUUAAGUUAAAAUGAGAUCAGCAUUCAUGUGGCCAAUCCUAAUUAAAAAGAAUGAUGUGAGGAUGAGUGGAAAAACUCAACAUUUGAUAUAAAUCAUUUCCAUGUUUUUUUUAAAAACAUGAAUCACUUUUCUCAUGGAUUGGAAUAUUUGCCUGUGUUUCCAUGAAGGCAGAUUUGUACAAAGUAUCAAGUAAAUAUUUAUUUUUAGAACUUGUUUUCAAGUGUUCAUUAGAACUCAGUAUAUAGGAAAUUUGAUUUUAUUUGGAGAUACAAGUUGUUGGCAGAGAGGAGAAAUUCUAUUUAGUUAUAACGGCAUAUUGAUCAUGGAGAGAUAGUGGGGUGGAGAUAUCAAACUCAUGAUUUUUUGCUCAUUGCUAAUAUACACCAAGUGUUCUGUAGUCACUUUGGUUUGUUCUUUUGACAGCUAGUGAUUAUUUCAUAUAGUAUGAGCUUUCUGACACAAUUCAGCCACAUAUUCCAUGUAUCCUUUAUGUAUUCACAGGUCAUUAUUCUUCCAAAUUCAUUUAUUAAAUAUUUAUUUCCCAUUUUAGCACUGGUUUAUUACUUAUUCUUUUUUCUCAAAAUUCAUUUUAUUCUCUUUACUUUCCCUUCCAUUGCUUUUGUGCCUCAUAUUUUGAAGUAUUCACCAAGGAACUUGCCUACACAAGGGCAUUGAGAGGGUCAUGGAGGAAAAUUCCCUAACAUCAUGCAUGUUAAUCUUAUUUUUUUAAUUUUGAGGAAAAUAAUCAUAGAAAAGAUAAUGUGCACUUUGAUCUUUUAAGAAGAGACAUCAUGUUUGUGAUUGCUGCAUAUUUUUUUCAGAAAUUAGAAAUAUGUAAAUAUAUUUUAUGGAAGUGUGCAGAUAGAUAAAUCUGAAGAAAAUUAUUUAACAAUUGUGUGUCAUCUGUUUUUCUUUUUUGUAUGUGUUGAUGAAUUUCUGUCAGUGCUUUAUCUUUUAUUUAAUGUCUUUUCUCUUGUACUUGUAUCCCUAGUGCACAAUGUUUGGCAUAGAGUAAAGCACUUAAUAAAUGCUUUUUCAUUCUUUCAUA